GAUUGCACCCCCUCCCCAAAUUUUGUAUCAAAUCGACAAUAAUCAAAAAUACUACUUUCGUCAGUACUGUCGUAAAAAUCAACCUCGGAAGUGAACUGAGCACACUCCCCAUGACCAUGGUUUUAGUGUAGCAACUGAUGUGACCUUUCGAUUCUGGAGACAGCAAUAAGAUAUACAAGUGGACACAUUCACACUCGUCGUGGUGCUGCCGUGUUGCACUGAUGCUUUUGCCAUCAUGGUUGAUUGGCCCGUUCCAUGUUGAUGCAUCAUCUUGCGUGGCUUUGGCACAACACAAUCACGACACUCUCCGUGGGCAUUUCUACAUUUCCAUGGCAUCCCAAGCACUCCAACACGGCGGCGGACCUGCCUCGGUCGUCGCAACUGGAGCCCCGCCGCCUGGAUGCGCGGACGAAGCAUACGUCCAACUACACGACGAACCGGCCUCCAAGCUCCAUCCCCAGCACUCGUUUCGACAGCACCGCCGGAUCACGUCGUCACAGAGCAUGAGUCGACUCGACUCGAUGCUGCAUGAAGACCAAUCCAAAGCGUUACAACCGUCGCGGGUGUUUUACGUCACCGUGGCCAUUGCGUUGCUGGGGGCAAUUCAGUUUGGCUGGCUCAUGUCCGAGCUCAACUAUAAACAGUACCACAUCAAGCAAAUCUGCCAACUGCCGGUGCCAGUCAUCGACAAGAAAUACCCCGACUACUGCGUGCUGUUCCGUGGCCACACGCACCACGAAUGGGUCAUGACAACGACGGCGUGGGUGGUCGGGGGCGGCGUGGGGGCCCUCGGAAGCGGCCUUCCCGCCGACGUCCUGGGGCGGAAGAAGGGGCUAGCGUUGAAUGCCCUCUUGAUGAUCGCCGGGGCAAUCGUCCAAGCUGCGUCGGGUACCAUCCACGUGCUAACCGCAGGUCGCUUCAUCUCUGGUAUUGCGUCAGGAGGCACGAUCAACGUUUCGAACGUCCUCAUCAGCGAAAUCACUCCAUUGGGGAUGCGGGGAUUUUUCCUCACGGGGCUCCAAGUGGGCAUUUCAUUUGGCGUGCUCGUCGUCACGACGGUGCAUUAUGGCAUGACGUCGGCAGAAAUGACGUGGCGGAUUCUCGUGGGGGCGCCGCUUUUGAUUGGCCUGUUGCAGAUCGCGUUGCUCCCGUGCAUGCAAGAAAGCCCCGUGUGGCUCGUGGCCAAGGGCAAACUGGCACUGGCCCACACUUCGCUUGUGAACUUGUACCUUCCGCACGACACGGACGUGAUCUUAGCCGAAUUGGUCGCGGCGCGCACGGACGAAACCAGCGAAUUCACCGCCCCCCGCCGCCGAUGGACGGUCCUCUUCACCGCCAGGUACCGCAAGCAGCUCGCGGUUGCGUGCGUCCUCUGUGCCAUGCAGCAGCUCUGUGGCAUCAACGCCAUCAUGUACUACUCGGCAUCCAUAUUCAGCAGCAUCGGCAUCCACGACCCGCGAUACGCCAACACGAUCGUCGCGGCCGCCCGCAUGCACGACAUUCUGUUUGCGGCCAAGGUGCUGGACAAGUUCAAUCGACGGACGCUGCUGCUGUGGGGCAUGUCCACCAUGGCGGCGUGUGGCGGCAGCUUGGUGCUGUGCCUCGUGCAUGGAACGGAUUCGCUGGCCCAAUAUGGCGCCGUGGGGGUGCUGGUGGUGUUUGUGUCGGCGUACUGCCUGUCCAUAGGCCCCAUGUCGUGGAUGAUCGCGAACGAGCUCUUCCCUGACUACCUCAACGCCCGCGCCGGCGCCGUCGGCACGUUCUUCACGUGGGUGAGCAACUUCUUUGUGUCUGUGUACUUUCCCCAGAUGGCAGACCCGGCCAACCUCGGCAACUACGCGUUUUUGGUCUUCUCGGCCUUCCUUGUCGCCGCGGUCGGGUUUACGUACGUUUGCGUGCCAGAAACGAAUCACAAGACGUACUACGAGAUCCAACGAGCGUUUGUCAUCGACGAGCCCACGCCGACAGACGAUCGAUGACGAGAGGAUGUGUGGGGCAAGCAGCACCACCAACAACUUGGCGGCUAAACCAUGAACAAACGCACAUAUGUACACCAUCGCUGGCCAUUCCCCACAACCACGCUAAGGGUUAACACUGUCAAGUGAUGGGCUGCAGAAUCGUUUGAUACAUCGGCACUUGACGAUACAUCCCACUACAAGCUUCGCCUAACGUUACGUACGUAUUCAAAGACAUGACAUGGCACACGCUGUAUGUGUGACUCAUGCGUUCUGAGCCACAUCUUGUCGCAUGCAGAGCUCAGCAUUCCAGGGUUGCUUUGUCGCAUGUGUUGGUGAUAUGGUCACGUUCUAGCCACAAGAUUUCCUCGCAAUUAUGUAGAGAACGCACAGUAGUAAUACCGUGUAACGUAUAUAGAUUUGGACAGUGGUGGGGCAAGUAUCCGGAUACGGAUAGUGUCGAUUACCAAAUGCAUACAAUAAUCAAGUGUAAUAAUCCAAC